AUGGCUGGUGGUGUCAAGAAGCCUAUCAACAUUUUCCGCUUGGGCGACCUGGGUGAGCCAAAGGGUGUCUUCAACUGGCGCCUCUGGUUUGCGGUCAUUUCCUUUGGCCUACUCGGUGCCGCCCGUGGCAUCGACGAGGGUCUCAUUGGCGGCGCCUUCCGCUCCAAGCACUUUCAAGACCUCAUCCACUACGACUCGUACUCUGAAGUCGAGCAAGCCAACAUCAAGGGCAACGUGACCUCCAUGGUUCUCCUCGGUUCGGUCGCUGGUUCCCUCUUUGCUUUCGUCGCGUGUGACCGCAUUGGUCGUCUUUGGGCCGUUCGCCAGCUCUGCGUCUGGUGGAUCAUGGGCAUCGCCAUCUUCCUCGGAAACCGCGGUAGCCUUGCCGCCGUCUACGCCGGUCGCUUCAUUGCCGGCUUUGGCAUUGGCCAAACACCCGUUGUCGGACCCGUGUACCUCGCCGAAAUUGCGCCAGCGUCGGUUCGUGGUCUCUGCACCUGCGUGUUCACUGGAAAUGUCUACCUCGGCAUCAACCUCGCCUACUGGGCCAACUACGGUGCCCAGCUCGACUUGGGUUCCAACGUUGCAGCCCGCUGGAUGAUCCCCAGCAGCAUCCACAUCAUGUUCGCCACCCUGAUCUUUAUCCUCAGCUGGUUCCAGUUCGAGUCGCCCCGCUACUGGGUCAAGAAGGGCAAUGUCGAGAAGGCCACCGAGGUCAUGGCAAGGCUCCGUCACCUUGCCCCCAACGACCCCUACGUUGUCAAUGAGAUUUCCUCGAUCAAGGCAGCCAACGACAUUGAGGUGGAGGCCACUCGUGGACUGAGCUUCUUUGGCAUGGUCAAGGAGCUUUUCAAGGACAGGAACGCCCUCUACCGUGUCUACCUCGCCACCAGUGUUCAGUUCCUCUCUCAGUGGUCCGGUGCUGGUUCCAUCACCAUUUACGCUCCCGAGCUCUUUGAGAUCCUCGGUGUCAAGGGCUCCGAGCAAGGACUUUUGGUUACCGCCGUCUUUGGUCUCGUCAAGCUGUUCGCCGCCGUCUUCUGUGCUCUCUUCCUCGUCGACGUUAUUGGCCGCAAGCGCGCCCUCCUUUCGGGUAUCACUCUUCAGAUCAUUGCCAUGGUCUUCGUUGCGGCCUUCCUCACGUCGACCCCACAGCUCGGUGUCGACGAGCACUUCCACCUCCCGGACAGCAAAAAGGCCGUGAGCCGCGCCGCCAUUGGUAUGAUCUACGUGUCUGGUUUCGGUUGGGCCCUCGGAUGGAAUAGCAUGCAGUACCUCCUCACUGCUGAGCUCUUCCCUCUUCGCAUUCGUGCCAUCGCCACCUCGUGGUCGAUGAUGCUCCACUUUGUCAACCAGUACGCCAACGCCCGCGCCGUCCCCAACCUUUUGCUUCCCCUGCACCAGGGCGGUAUCACCCCCGCAGGUACCUUCUGGUCGUUUGCAUGUGUCACCAUCAUUGGCGGAGCCUGGGUCUGGUUCUUUAUCCCCGAGACCGGUGGCCGCUCCCUUGAGAGCAUGGAGCGUCUCUUCCAGCUCCCCUGGUACAAGAUUGGUCGCUACGGCAACAAGUACGCCGACGAGAUCGACAGGGCGGAGGAGGUGGCCGACCAGCCCAAGCUUGACGCCGAGGAGCACAAGCUUGACGCCGAGCACGUUGAGCACGACACCACCGCGACUCUUGAGAAGAACCGCGCCAACAUUGUUUAA